AUGCCAUGCCCCGAUGCCUUCCCUUUCGGGAAACCAAAUAUUGCUUCGGUUCGUACACCUUAUUCACUCGUGUGGGGAACGACAAAAGCCGUAAAUUUAGUUUCGAGUGUACGGUUCUCGUGGGAUAAUCGCCAGAAUAGUGUCUUCAUAAAAUUCUUGAAGGCUAUCGGCCCUGAUUACAAAGACGUCGAUAUCGAACCGUUGCUUUUCGAGCUUGAUCUUCACGGGUAUGAUGAUAUAAGAACUAAAUAUGGAGAGAGUGUCUACAGCUUGAUCAAGGAAAAGGUUAUGAGAAAACUGAAGAGAACCGCCGAUAAAAUGAAAGAGGAUGGGCUAUUUGAAUCUGAUACAGAGUCAAGUGAUGAUUCGAAUGAAUCAAGUGUAACAUUAGAGGAUAUCAAAUUUACACAGCCAAAGCACCCCUUUAUAAAAAUGCCUCAACGGGAGGUUCACAAGGGUAAUCCAAAAAAUGCAACUUGUGAGGAUUCAACGUCGACGUACAUGAGUGAGACAUCAGAUUCGAGUUCACGAGCCCCACUAGCUUCGCAAAAGAGCAGAAAUAUAAAGACUACCUCUAAAGAGGCCAAGUACGAAAGCGCUCGACAGUCUAUCCGGAAUCUUGUAUUUGAGCUAUUUCAUACCGAAGAAGCACUUAUAAGAGCCGCAUCUGCAUUCAGUGACCUGCCACCAAUUGAGAAGGGUGACAAAUGGACUGUGGUACUCAACCAAAUGAUACUGACGCUUUCCGAUAUAAAACUAGACGCAAAAAAGUUUUACGAAUUCGCCAAACAGAACCUAUAA